AUGCUCCUUGAUGCUGCUGCUUCCUCCCUGUCCCUGACGUUGCCGCUUCUUCCUCUGCGACUUUGCUGCUGCUCCCUCCUUAACGCUGCCUCCAACCCUCCUCAACGCUGCUGCCGCCACCACCACCAUCUUCGACGUUGUUGCUGCUGCCACCCUUCCCUCAACACUCCUGCUGCCACCAUCACCAUCUUCAACAUUGCCGCUGCCUCCACUGCCACCAUUCCCUCCACAAUGCUGCCUCUACCCAUCAUCAAUGCUGAAGCUGCCACCACCACCACCACCAUCAUCUUCAACGUUGUCGUUGUCGCAACCCUUCCCUCAACACUCCUGCUGCCACCAUCACCAUCUUCAACAUUGCCGCUGCCUCCACUGACACUGCUCCCUCCACAACGCUGCCUCCACCCUUCCUCAAUGCUGCUGCUGCCAUCACCACCACCACCAUCUUCAACGUUGCUUCUGCCUCUGCUCCCUCCAAAACUUUGUCACUGCCCCCGCUCCCUCCUCAAUGCUGCCCCCAUCACCCCGCAGUGUUCCUCUGCGCUCUUCCCAACACCGGUUGCCAUCCAAGGCAAAGAAAAUUUUAGAACGAGAAUUUUUUUCCUUUCUUCCUUUUUUUUUUUUCCUUUUUUUCCUUUUUCCUUUUUUUUCCUUUCUUCCUUUUUUUCCUUUCUUCCUUUUUUUUUCCUUUCUUCUUUUUUUCCUUUUUCUUCCUUUUUUUCCUUUCUUCCUUUUUUUUUCCUUUCUUCCUUUUUUUUUCCUUUCUUCCUUUUUUUUCCUUUCUUCCUUUUUUUUUUCUUCCUUUUUCCUUUUUUUUUUCCUUUCUUCCUUUUUUUUUCCUUUCUUCCUUUUUUUCCUUUCUUCCUUUUUUUUUUCCUUUUUCCUUUUUUUCCUUUCUUCCUUUUUUUUUUUUUCUUCCUUUUUUCCUUUCUUCCUUUUUUUCCUUUUUUUUUUUCCUUUCUUCCUUUUUUUCCUUUUUUCUUCCUUUUUUUCCUUUCUUCCUUUUUUUUUCCUUUCUUCCUUUUUUCCUUUCUUCCUUUUUUUUUCCUUUCUUCCUUUUUUUUCCUUUCUUCCUUUUUUUUUUUUUUUCUUCCUUUUUUCCUUUCUUCCUUUUUUUCCUUUCUUCCUUUUUUUUUUUUCUUCCUUUUUUUUUUCUUUCUUCCUUUUUUUUUUUUCUUCCUUUUUUUUUUCCUUUCUUCCUUUUUUUCCUUUCUUCCUUUUUUUCCUUUCUUCCUUUUUUCCUUUUUCCUUUUUUCCUUUCUUCCUUUUUUUUCCUUUCUUCCUUUUUUUCCUUUCUUUUUUUUUUUUCUUCCUUUUUUCCUUUCUUCCUUUUUUCCUUUCUUCCUUUUUUUUUCCUUUCUUCCUUUUUUUUCCUUUCUUCCUUUUUUUUUCCUUUCUUCCUUUUUUUUCCUUUCUUCCUUUUUUUCCUUUCUUCCUUUUUUCCUUUCUUCCUUUUUUUUCCUUUCUUCCUUUUUCCUUUCUUCCUUUUUUUCCUUUCUUCCUUUUUUCCUUUCUUCCUUUUUUUCCUUUCUUCCUUUUUUUUUCCUUUCUUCCUUUUUUCCUUUCUUCCUUUUUUUCCUUUCUUCCUUUUUUUUUUUCCUUUCUUCCUUUUUUCCUUUCUUCCUUUUUUUCCUUUCUUCCUUUUUUUUUCCUUUCUUCCUUUUUUUUCCUUUCUUUUUUUUUUUCCUUUCUUCCUUUUUUUCCUUUCUUCCUUUUUUUUCCUUUCUUCCUUUUUUUUCCUUUCUUCCUUUUUUUUCCUUUCUUCCUUUUUUUUCCUUUCUUCCUUUUUUUUCCUUUCUUCCUUUUUUUUCCUUUCUUCCUUUUUUUUCCUUUCUUCCUUUUUUUUCCUUUCUUCCUUUUUUUUCCUUUCUUCCUUUUUUUUCCUUUCUUCCUUUUUUUUCCUUUCUUCCUUUUUUCCUUUCUUCCUUUUUUUUUCCUUUCUUCCUUUUUUCCUUUCUUCCUUUUUUUUUCUUUCUUCCUUUUUUUCCUUUCUUCCUUUUUUUCCUUUCUUCCUUUUUUCCUUUCUUCCUUUUUUUUCCUUUCUUCCUUUUUUUCCUUUCUUCCUUUUUUUUCUUUUCUUCCUUUUUUUUUCCUUUCUUCCUUUUUUCCUUUCUUCCUUUUUUUCCUUUCUUCUUUUUCUUUUUUUUUCCUUUCUUCCUUUUUUUCCUUUCUUCCUUUUUUUUUUUUCUUCCUUUUUUUUUCUUUUCUUCCUUUUUUCCUUUCUUCCUUUUUUUUUCUUUCUUUUUUUUUUUCCUUUUUUUUUUUCUUUUUUUUUUUUUUUUCCUUUUUUUUUUCUUUCUUUUUUUUUUUUUCUUCCUUUUUUUUUUUCUUCCUUUUUUUUUUUCCUUUCUUUUUUUUUUUUUUUUUUUUUUUUUUUUUCUUUCUUUUUUUUUUUUUUUUUUCCUUCUUUCCAAUAAUUGCUUCUACUGUCUGUUUUUUUUCUCUCUCUCUCUCUCUCUCAUUUCCACCCUCUCUUUCUUACCUCCUUUUUCUGUCUCUCUCUUUCUUCCCAUCUUUCUCUUUCUGUCUCUGUCUUUCUUCCCAUCUUUCUCUUUCUGUCUCUGUCUUUCUUCCCAUCUUUCUCUUUCUGUCUCUGUCUUUCUUCCCAUCUUUCUCUUUCUGUCUCUGUCUUUCUUCCCAUCUUUCUCUUUCUGUCUCUGUCUUUCUUCCCAUCUUUCUCUUUCUGUCUCUGUCUUUCUUCCCAUCUUUCUCUUUCUGUCUCUGUCUUUCUUCCCAUCUUUCUCUUUCUGUCUCUGUCUUUCUUCCCAUCUUUCUCUUUCUGUCUCUCUCUUUCUUCCCAUCUUUCUCUUUCUGUCUCUCUCCCUUUCUGUCUCUCUCUCCCUUUCUGUCUCUCUCUCCCUUUCUGUCUCUCUCUCCCUUUCUGUCUCUCUCUCCCUUUCUGUCUCUCUCUCCCUUUCUGUCUCUCUCUUUCUGUCUCUUUCUUUCUGUCUCUUUCUUUCUUUCUGUGUCUCUCCCUUUCUGUGUCUUUCUUUCUUUCUGUGUCUCUCCCUUUCUGUCUCUUUCUUUCUUUCUGUGUCUCUCCCUUUCUGUCUCUUUCUUUCUUUCUGUGUCUCUCCCUUUCUGUCUCUUUCUUUCUUUCUGUGUCUCUCCCUUUCUGUCUCUUUCUUUCUUGCUGUGUCUCUCCCUUUCUGUCUCUUUCUUCCUUGCUGUGUCUCUCCCUUUCUGUCUCUUUCUUCCUUGCUGUGUCUCUGUCUCUCUCUCUCUCUCUCUCUCAAAUGUAUAGAUUUUAGCCCUGAAUUUACAACCAUGCUUUUUACAUGUGCAAUAUACAUCACUCAUUCACUCAAGACGUGA